AGAGCGAGAGGAACCGCUGCCAGGAGCCGACCCUUCUGUGCCGCCCCCACCUCCAGCUCCUCUGACUGUCCUCGGGAGGUGAUGGGGGAUUUUUGAUCCCCGCCCCUCCACCGGCCCUGCUCCUUCCCGUUCUCCUCUCCCGUUCCGGACUGCAAGCAACUUCUUGGGAAUUUCACGAUGGGGGGAGCUGCGUCCCCCUUCUCCGGCGCGGGGCAGCUCGGGCUUUGGGCGUGACCCCUCCCGGGGGCCCCCGAGGGGGCGUGGCUGCCGUGGCGGGGCCCAGGGCCAGGGCCAUGACCGCCUGCCAGUACCCCGCGAUGUCCUCGGCCCUGGAUCGGGACCAGCUGUAUCAGCACAAGGUCUCCCUGGUCGUCCGCUACUUCAUGAUCCCCUGUAACAUCUGCCUCAUCCUCCUGGCCACCUCCACGCUGGGCUUCGCCGUUCUCCUCUUCCUCAACAACUACAAACCUGGGAAUCAUUUCACGCAGCCGCCCCCGACGCCUCCAGAUGCCUGCCGGGGCAUGCUCUGCGGCUUUGGGGCCGUGUGCGAGCAGAGCGCCGGCCGCGCCACGUGCGUGUGCAAGAAGGGCCCGUGUCCCACCGUGGUGGCGCCCGUGUGUGGGUCCGACGCCUCCACCUACAGCAACGAGUGUGAGCUGCAGAGGGCCCAGUGCAGCCAGCAACGCCGCAUCCGCGUGGUCAGCCGGGGGCCCUGUGGCUCCCGGGACCCCUGCUCGGGGGUGACCUGCAGUUUUGGCAGCACCUGCGCCCGCUCGGCAGACGGGCAGUCGGCCAAAUGCAUCUGCCCGUCCUCGUGCAGCGGCGUCCCCGAGGGCAUCGUGUGCGGCAGCGACGGGCGUGACUACCCCAGCGAGUGCCAGCUGAACCGCCUUGCCUGUGCCCGGCAGGAGAACAUUGUCAAGAAGUUCGAUGGCCCCUGUGAUCCCUGCAAAGGCGUUCUCAGCGACCUGAGUCGCGUGUGCUGGGUGAACCCCCGCACCCGCCAGCCUGACAUGCUGCUCCGCCCCGAGAGCUGCCCGCCCCGCCAGGAGCCCGUGUGCGGCGACGACGGCGUCACCUACGCCAACGACUGCGUCAUGGGCCGCACCAGCGCCACCCGGGGCCUGGACGUCCAGAAGCUGCGCUCCGGGCAGUGCCAGCCGCAAGACCAGUGCCCGGCCCCCUGCAAGUUCAACGCCGUGUGUCUGAUCCGCCGCGGCCGGGCGCGCUGCUCCUGCGACCGCGUGACCUGCGACGGCGCCUACCGGCCCGUGUGCGCGCACGGGGGCCACACGUACGCCAGCGACUGCGAGCGCCAGCGCGCCGAGUGCAACCAGCAGCGGGCGCUGCCCGUCAAGCACCAGGGCCCCUGUGACCAGGCGACCCCCAGCCCCUGCCUGGGGGUCCAAUGUCCUUUUGGGGCCACGUGUGUGGUGAGGAACUGGGAGGCCGUGUGUGAAUGUCAGCAGGUCUGUGCGGGCCUCUACGACCCCGUGUGUGGCAAUGACGGGGUCACCUAUGGAAGCCCCUGUGAGCUGGAAGCCACAGCCUGCGUCCUCAGGAAGGAGAUCCUGGUCACUCGCAAGGGACCCUGUGGCCUCUGUGGAAAGUGCCAGUUUGGGGCCCUGUGUGAGGCGGAGACCGGCCGCUGCGUGUGUCCCACCGAGUGCGUGGCUUCGGCCCAGCCCGUGUGCGGCUCGGACGGGAACACGUACGGCAGUGAGUGUGAGCUGCAUGUCCACGCUUGCACUCGCCAGAUUAACCUCAGCGUGGCCUCCCCAGGACAUUGCAAGACAUGUGGAGACACAGUAUGUACCUUUGGGGCCGUGUGCUCCAACGGGCAGUGCGUGUGCCCCCGGUGUGAGCGGCCACCCCCCAGCCCGGUCUGUGGCAGUGAUGGGAUCACCUAUGGCAGCAGCUGUGAGCUCCGAGAGGCUUCCUGCCAGCAGCAGAAGAAGAUUGAGGAGGUCCGGGCUGGGCCCUGCGAGGACGAAUGUGGCUCUGGGGGCUCCGGCUCGGGUGAGGACGGGGAGUGUGAGCAGGAGCGGUGCCGGCGCCGGGGAGGCGUGUGGGACGAGGACGCGGAGGAUGAUCGGUGCAUCUGUGACUUCAGCUGCCAGACGGUGUUACGCAGCCCGGUGUGUGGUUCUGAUGGGGUCACCUAUGGUAACGAGUGUGAGUUGAAAAAAGCAAGGUGUGAGAGUCGCCAGGAGCUGUAUGUCACAGCCCAGGGUGCCUGCCGAGCCACGCCGACGAUGGUCCCGCCCCCGCCUGUCUUACACUGCUCUCAGACCCCCUACGGCUGCUGUCUGGACAAUGUCACCAGGGCCCAGGGUGUUGGCUUGGCUGGCUGUCCAAGCACCUGUCAGUGUAACCCAUAUGGCUCCUAUGGGGGCGGCUGUGACCCCAUCUCCGGCCAGUGCUCCUGCCGCCCGGGCGUGGGGGGCCUCAAGUGCGAUCGAUGUGAGCCGGGCUUCUGGAACUUCCGUGGCAUCGUGACUGACGGCCGGAGCGGCUGCACCCCCUGUAACUGUGACCCUGGAGGCUCCGUAAGAGAUGACUGUGAGCAGAUGACUGGACUGUGCUCCUGCAAGGAAGGCAUCACAGGGAUGAAAUGCAGCCAGUGUCCCCCCGGCAGCAUCCUGGGCCCCUCAGGCUGUGAGAACGACCCCUCGGCUCCCAAGUCGUGCGCUGAGCUGAGCUGCGAGUUUGGGGCGUCCUGCGUGGAGACGGGUGACUCUGCCCACUGUGAGUGCCCGGCCCCCGUGUGUCCAGAGGACAACAUGGUCAAGGUCUGUGGCUCGGAUGGGGUGACCUACGGAGACCCCUGUCAGCUGAGGACCAUCGCCUGCCGCCAGGGCCGGACGAUUACUGUGCGGCAUUUUGGGCAGUGCCACGAGUCCGUCACUCACGGGACGCCCCCUGCCCAGCCUCCCACCGCCCCAUCUGUGGUGACCUCGGAAACCUUCCUGCCCUCCCUCCUGAGGUUCACCAGCCCGGCCCCGGAGACCACCGUGACGACAACCUGGCUGGGUCGGGGCCCCCAGCUCACCCCCCGCAGCCGCUCCACCACCCGACCGCCCGUGCAGGCCUGGACCACGGCAGGCGUCCGCCGGACCACGCCGCGGCUUGCUGCUCCCGCCCGGACCACGCCUGGCAUCCACAGGGCGACGGUCCGGCCGUCCCCCCCUAGCUGGACCACGGCAGGCGUGCACCGGAGCACGGCGCGGCCCAUCCUGACCGCCCCGAUAGCCCCCGCGGCCAUUCCCACCCUGACCUACCUCGAGUCCGGCAGCGCCAGCGGCGACGAGGAGCUCAGCGGCGACCUGGAGGCCAGCGGGGCGGGAUCCGCAGGGAUGGAGCUCUUGGAAGAGGGAGGUGUGUCGGUCCCCACGCCCGCCAUUGAGAGGGCUUCCUGCUACAACUUGCCCCUGGGCUGCUGCUCGGACGGAGAGACGCCCGCCCUGGACGCCGAGGGCACCAACUGCCCAGCCACCAAGGUGUUCCAGGGGGUGCUGGUGCUGGAAGAGGUCGAGGGUCAGGAGCUCUUCUACACCCCAGAGAUGGCCGAUCCCAAGUCGGAGCUCUUCGGCGAGACGGCCCGAAGCAUCGAGAGCGUGCUGGAGGGCCUGUUCCGGAAUUCAGACGUCAAGAAGGACUUCCGGAGUGUCCGGAUGCGGGACCUGGGACCGGGCGGCUCUGUGCGCGCCAUUGUGGAUGCCCACUUCGACCCCUCCACAUCCUUCACAGCGCCUGAUGUGGGCCGGGCCCUGCUGAAGCAGAUCCGAGCGUCCAAGAAGAGGGUCCUCGUGGUCAAGCAGCCCCUGGCCGACCACGUGAAGUUCAUGGACUUUGACUGGCUCCCUAUGCUGUUCACCACAGCCACCACCACCACCACUGCAGCCACGGCGGAGGCCGUGACCCCGGGCAGCCGCCACACCUCUGCCGUGACCCCCCACACUCUGUACCCCGGUCACCUGGGCCGGCCCCACAGCAGGCCGGCCCCACCGGCGACUCACAGACCACCCACCACUGUGGCCCUGCCCCCCGCCAUGCCCCCCGUCACCCACCGGCCCCCUCGGCCCUGCGACUCCCACCCCUGCCUCCACGGGGGCACCUGCGAGGAUAACGGGAAGGAAUUCAGCUGCAGCUGCCCAGCUGGCAGAGGCGGGGCCGUCUGUGAGAAAGCUGUGCAGUACUUCGUGCCCGCCUUUGGGGGCAGGUCCUACCUGGCCUUCCCCACACUCCGAGCCUACCACACCCUGCGGGUGGCCAUGGAGUUCCGCGUGUCCGAGCCCCACGGGCUUCUGCUGUACAAUGGUCAGAGCUCCGGAAAGGACUUCAUCGCACUCACGCUGGUCAACGGCUUCGUGGAACUCAGGUUUGACACGGGCUCGGGCAUGGGCAUCGUCACCAGCAAGGUGCCUGUGGAGCGUGGCCGGUGGCACCACCUGGUGGUGACGAGGAACCGGCGUCAAGGGGUGCUCUCUGUGGAUGGGGAGCCCCAUGUGACUGGCGAGAGUCCCAGUGGCACUGACGGGCUCAACCUGGACACAGACCUGUUUGUGGGCGGCGUCCCUGAGGACCAGGCCACAGUAGUGUCUGAGCGCACGUCGGCCCGGGCGGGUCUGAGGGGCUGCAUCCGCCUCUUGGACGUGAACAACCAAAGGAUCGGGCUUCGGGAGAAAGGCCCGGAUGUUCUCUAUGGCUCCGGGGUGGGCGAGUGUGGGAACAACCCCUGUCUGCCCAACCCCUGCCACCACGGUGCCACCUGCCAGGCUCGAGAGGCCGAUAUGUUCCACUGUCAGUGUCCAAAGGGCCGGGAAGGCCCCACCUGUGCUGAUGAGAGGAAUCCCUGCCAGCCCAAUCCUUGCCAAGGGGCAGCUACCUGCCGAGUGCUGCCCGAGGGAGGUGCCAAAUGUGAAUGCCCCAUGGGCCGAGGGGGCCAGUUCUGCCAGACGGUCACAGAGCAAGACCCAUCCAGACCCUUCCUUCCCACCUUCAGCGGCUUUUCCUACCUGGAGCUGAAAGGCCUGCACACCUUUGGGGAUGUCCGCGGGGAGAAGAUGGCCAUGGAAGUAGUGUUCCUGGCCCGGAGCCCCAGCGGCGUACUUUUCUACAAUGGGCAGAAGACGGAUGGCAAAGGGGACUUUGUGUCACUGGCUCUGCAUGGUGGGCAUCUGGAAUAUCGCUAUGACCUGGGCAAAGGAGCUGCAGUCAUCAGGAGCAAGGAGCCCAUCACCCUGAACAAAUGGAUCCGGGUCUCUCUGGAGCGGAAUGGAAGGAAGGGGGCCAUGUGGAUCAACGAUGGUGAACGAGUGCUAGGGGAGUCGCCGAUGCCACACACUGUCCUCAACUUGAAGGAACCACUCUAUGUUGGGGGUGCUCCUGAUUUCAGCAAACUCGCCCGUGCAGCUGCCGUCUCUGGAGGCUUUGAUGGGGCCAUUCAAAUGGUCUCCCUGAAGGGCCGCCAGCUGCUGACAAGAGAGAAUGUUUUGGAUGCUGUGGAGAUCUCCUCUUUCCCUGACCAUCCCUGUACCCGGGCCUCGGGCCAGCCCUGCCUCAAUGGGGGCUCCUGCUCUCCCCAGCAGGACACCUAUGAGUGCCUGUGCCCAGGAGGCUUCUCAGGGGCCCACUGCGAGAAGGGGCUGAUUGAGAAGUCGGCUGCUGACCUGGACGCCAUUGCCUUUGAUGGACGCACAUUCAUUGAGUAUCACAAUGCAGUGACCACCAGUCCUGAUGCUCUGGACUCCGGGGUCCUUUCCAGCGAGAAGGCCCUACAGGAGAACCACUUCGAGCUGAGCCUGCGGACGGAGGCCAUGCAGGGAUUGGUGCUGUGGAGCGGCAAGGGCACCGAGCGAGCUGAUUACAUCGCUCUGGCCAUCGUGAAUGGCCGUCUGCAGAUGACCUAUGACCUGGGCUCCCAGCCCGUCGUGCUGUACUCCACGGUGCCUGUUAACACCAACCGCUGGCUACGCGUCAAGGCCUCCAGAGUACAAAGGGAAGGCUCCCUUCAGGUUGGCAAUGAAGCCCCGGUGACAGGAUCCUCCCCACUGGGAGCUACGCAGUUGGACACAGAUGGAGCCCUAUGGCUGGGGGGCCUGGAGAAGCUGAACGUGGCACACAGCCUGCCCAAGGCGUACAGCACGGGCUUUGUGGGCUGUUUGCGUGGAGUGGUGGUCGGCCAGAAGGAGCUGCACCUGGUUGAGGACGCCUUACAUAAGCCUGCCCUUCGGCAUUGCUCGGCCCCGUGAUGCCCCUGUCCACCUUCAGCCCUGCCUCCUGCCAGUUGUUGUAAUUAUUUUCUAUUUUUGUAAACUCAUGGCUUUUUUUUAAUAUAUAAUUUCCCCCUGCCCGCCUGUCAGGGGAUGGAGGAAAUGCAGACCUUCCUCUAGCCCCGGCCCUGCUCCACUGAGAUCUACCUUCCACUGGCCUCUGAUUUGAGGAGGGUCCCGGCCCUCUUUUUGGACAGCUGGCGGACCCCACCCCAAGGGCAGCCGCACAAGAGCCCGACUGGACAAGACUGCAGGCUCUUUCCCGGGGGCUUCGGCCAGACCUCAGUUGCCUCUUUCCCUCCUGGUUUUGCCCCCAAGGAGGACGAAGAUGGACCAGCCCUGGCUGAGAGGCCAGGCCAGAAGGACAUGAGCUAAACUGGGUUCUUGGCCUCCAUACCCCCCACCCUCCUGCCCCUUUCAUCAGUCUUUUGUGUUUGUAAUUUAUGUGUGUAAGAGUCUGACUUUAUCUGUUAUUUUUUAAUGCACUGUCAUCCUUCUUGCCAUCCCUACCUUAUCCCCUCUACCGACAGUCUCUUGUGUACACACACACACACACACACACACACACACACACACACACACACGCAGGCUAGCACUCCCUAGGGAGAAGGCUGCCUCUGCUCCAAAGGCCUGAAGCUCAGUGCCCAGGGCACCGCGCUUCCCCAAGGCUGCCAUUCCCUCCUUGCCUGAUUUUGCUCAUCACAAGCCAGCCGGCACGAAUGAGCUCGGAGGUCUCAUUUCAGGCUUUAUUUGGGGGAGACGGGGUGGGGUGGGGGCAGAGGAGGAUGGUCUUUGCCCUCUCUGUUACAUCUUCUUCCAGGCCUCCCAUCUCCCUUCCCUUCGGGGACAGCCAUGGUUCGGGCCCCAGACCCCUCAGGCCUGCUCAGUGCCAAUACUGUGACUUAGAAUCGACCUUAUUUGUUGGACUCCAGGAGCCUUUGAGGCUUUUUUCCCAUACUUCUAGCUUGGCCUGGAUCCCCCACGCUCCCCGGGGAUGGGGACUAAGCCACACCCCUCCUGAAUGCAUUCAAAUAUGGGCGGAGGGACCAGGGACCAGGAGCUGUCGGGUGGGCCUCGCUCCCAGCCAAGGGAAGCUCUUUGUGAAGUCCCCAGCUCUUCACACACCAGCUGCCUGCGCUUCCUGAUCGUUUCUCUGCACUUGGGCUUCCAGACAUGGUCUUUCUCUCACAUCAUUAUCACCUCAGGCAGUGGUCCCCGGGGCCCAUUUUUUGAACUUGAAGAAAAUGGGUGUAGCCUGCGGCUUUUACAGAAAUAAUUCCGGUGACUUUGGGAAGAAAGGACAUCAGGGAGCUGGAUUUUCAUCCCCUUCCCACCCUCAGUUUUCAGUACUGGAGUUGGGGUGGGGGUGAGGUAGGGUGGGAGCUGGGGAGGGCGUGGAAGUUUCCGAGGGAGGGUAAGUGGCUCUUAAAGCUGUCUUUCAGAGAGGAUGAUUUAUCCACUGGGGUGGUCGAGCGAGGGGCAGGGGGAGGGGAACAGUUCUCAAAUCCAUUCCUCGUCCCUGGGCACCCGAUCUUAAAGUUGGUGUCCCUACAUUUUGGCCUCCCUAGCACUGCUGUCCCGAGGGGAACAGAAGGGGUGGGGUGGGGUGGGGUGGGGCAGUCUUCCAUGAGAAAGAUGGAGAAAGGCUUUGGAAUGGGGGAGGGUGGAAUGGGGCUGCACCUUAUAAGUAAGAAGAAAUGACCAUGGCUUUCUCCGGCUCUCUUCCCGAGAGUGUCUUGGUAUCCCACAUGUUGGGAAAAACACUGGACUCCAGGAAACUUUCCCAGAGAUUGGGGGGGAGAAGGGUGGUGGGAUUGGAAACGCCUUAAAACGCAACAUUUGUGUCCUUGUUUCCCUGUGCCCUCUCCCCGUUCCCAUCGCCACCCCAGCUCGGGCACAGUCCCCCUGGGAGCCAGGACUCGAGACUGGGACUAGUGGACACUUUGUAAGAGAAACCAGGAGGCCUGUUGUUGGGGGUUAGGGAGAGGGGCCGGGACCACGCCACGCCACACCGCACCCCUCCAUGCCACACCAAGGUGGGCCUAGCCCCUGCUCUCGUCUGAUUGGGCAAUGGCCACCAGGCCUCCCCACCCCCACUCAGCAUGAUGUAACCAUUACUAACUUUAUGUGUGUCUUGUCAGUCGCCAUGAAAUAAAGUUGGAAAACUUGAAAAUGA